AUGAGCACGUCAGAACAGCAGAAAGCUCGGAGAGUGUUGGCGGAAGGCUGGGUUGAUUUGCGGCAUCGCAUAGAAGAAUUAAAAAAUGAGCUCCGCCACGAUACAGCAGCGAAAGGAGCGCAGGCGAUGUCAAUGGGCGUUGAUGCUGACAUAUUGGCAAAACUGACGAUGGGCGCGUCUUGCUCCUUCACUACAGACUUCAUAAAUCUGUUUGAGCCCGCAAAGAGGAUUCUGUUCUCAGAGAAAGAUUUCAUGCCGUCACCCUCAUAUGACGAAUCUCUAGAUGACCCCAACCAUACGAAGAUCUCCAGGGCGCUGGAAAAUGCGCUACAAGUAAAGGCAGAUUUCAGGGAAUGGCUAUCUAUCGACUCAUGGGUCCAGUCAGUCCAGCCGGGGCUCCAGGUACUUGAACCUUACAUUCGACGUGCCAAAUAUAUUCGCCUCGAAACCGAGGUAGACAACAUCCUUCGCACCCCUUCCCAUCCUCAUAUCACUGUGUUCGUGAGGCAGCCGCAGCAAACCUUUGACCCCCAGGAAAAAGCUCUGAUGCCUGUUGAGCUGUAUAUUCUCUGCCUCCUUUCCCGGAAAUUGGAAGGCUACAUCUCGAAAGCUGUAUCCGAAGAGACAGAGGUCCCACGUAGGAAAGGAAAGGAGAUCGAAUAUAAACCUCCCUUCUACCAAUACCAUGCGGUGAAACUUGUAUCCAUCAGCGGUAGUCGAGCACGUAUAGUUACGGCUGUGCAGAGCUUUGGGCAUAAGGUUGCGUUUGCGAGAGGGCCGGUGGAGCUGCAGACUGAACAAGAGCGAAAAUGGGCCUCGAACAUCAGUAUGGAUAUUUGCGUGGGGAAUUACUAUCACAUGGCAAAGAACAGCGACUUCUUGGAACUAAUGGCGGAGGUCCUGCGCAGACCAUUGCCGGUUCCUACGCUCGAACAAAAGCCGCAGCCACCAAGGCAGAUACCGAUCACGCAUCGGCAAAGGCCGAACAACCUCGAGGAGGUGAGUGGACCUCACUUUUGA